GAGGAGGAAAACAGAAACUACAACUGAAGUAAGCGUGAAGCGCAGUUAGUGUGAGCUGCCACUCGGCGUAAGCAGCGUGUUUGCUUUCAGUCACGUCCUUCUCACAGCUCACCGAGUCAAACGCUGAGAUUCAAACUUCUUUGUUUGUUUACAUUAUAGACGGAUGGUUUCUGUCAUUCUGGCGCGAGAACAUGGAUGAAAAGCUUUAAGAAAACCCCUGUGAGGUUGUUGGGGUUUGUGUGUAUGUGUGUGUGCAUGUGGGAACUCGGUGGAAUGAGGCGAAUCGGUUCACCGCCGCUUCACUCGGAGACGGUUCUGUGGCUCGUCUCUGUGCGCUUUGCGGUUUGAGUGCGCGUUUUCGCCUCGUUUUGGGAUGUUGGCGCGUUCAUUCGGAGUCAUCUUGUUCCUCUGGGCUUUAGUGCUCAGAGCUGGUUUGUGCUCCGAGCUAAAAGUAAGGGUUCGACUCUCUGAUGGCCAAAUCGCUGAAGAGCUGCUGGAGGCGGACAGUGACAGAGACUCCAUCACAGUGGAGUACCGGCAAUCUGAUGGCACACUCAUCACUUUCGUGGCAGAUUUUAAACAGGAUGUGAAGAUCUUCCGGGCAUUGAUUCUGGGAGAAUUGGAGAGAGGGCAAAACCAGUACCAGGCACUGUGCUUCAUCACACGCCUCAGCCACAAUGAGAUCAUCUCCAGCGAGUCCAUGGCCAGACUCCGGCAGAAAAACCCACACACCGUAAGAACGGCGGAGGAGAAGAAGCCAACGGAGACGCUCAGCAUGAACGUGGCGGUUAACGUGAUGCUGGCAUGGCAGCUGAGUACCCUCGUCUACAACACGUGCAGUGUGGCGCAUGACGCCGUGUACACCCGUGAGGCCGACAUGCACCACUGGCUGGACACGGGUAUUGAGAACUCCGUGUUUGAGACUCUCCCGCAGGCUGUUGAGGUUCCUGGGCUGAAGAGCUGCCGCUCCGUGACGGAUCUUUGGCAGGCCUGCUCCUGCAGUUACAGCAUGAGGCUCGAGUGGUACCCGUGUCUGCUCAAGUACUGCCGAAACAAGGAUUCCUCGGGACACAGUGCCCCGUACAAGUGCGGCAUCAAGAGCUGCAGCAAAGGCUAUGACUUUACAUACUACACGCCUCAUAAACAGCUCUGUCUGUGGGAGGAGGAGACUUAGCGGUGCAUGCUCAGCUUCACAUCGGCAAUUUUUUUUUGUUCACUCUUUGUUUGAGCCCCGAGCUAUUUGAACUCAACUAUCCAUGCUUGAGAGUAUGCAUGGCAUAAUCUUGCAUAAAACAUAAGACGAAGAACAGCUUUGUUUCUGUGAGUUCUUGUGAAAUCACAACGACUUUAUUUCAGCAGACUUUUCAAAAGGUUACACUACGAUUAACGGAUUAACGGAGGUGACAGGAGCGUCUACAGAACCUGCAGAUCCACUUCCUGUAGACCAAGCAACUGUGAAUCAAGUGAUAGUCUAACAAGCUGUAAUCUGUUGAUUACCAAAAACAUGUUCAGCCAGGAUUUUCUGUUCAAUAUGUCUUCUAAUUUAUUGUUUGCUAUGGGAAAUUAUUGAAAAAGCACAAGGCUAAUUUACAUGUUCUGAAAACAUGUUCCUCACUUUUUUUUUUUAAUAAGUAUUUUGUUGCCCUUAGGUAUCACGAUCAGACUGAUGAUGUUACGAAGAAUUGGGAUAAGAUUUCCUUUGCUGAUAUUUCAGUGCAGUAUGAAACACUAUCUCACUGUUGGGUUAUAACUGUUUGUUUGUUUGUUUCACUCUUAUUAAGUUCUGCUUAUUUUAAAGAAAAAUCCACCCUGAACAACUUGCCUUUUAACCUUUACAAUUAACCUGGGAUCUCCUGAGUUUAGUUAAAUGGCUGCGUCAGCCACAAUGCUGUUCAACUGCACCAAUAGUCGUGCUAAAAGGAUUUGUCUGCAUGUCUGACUAAGGAGAGCAUUGCAGUAAUGCUUUAGUCCUUAUAGCAUGUGGAGCGGUCUCACAUCCUCCUAACAGAUGCUAAUACCAUGGUCAUCUUCUAGAUCGCUAACUAGCCAAGCUGUAUCUCAGCAUAAGUGUGUCAUUAUGAUACAGUAUUAAUAUGCAAUACAUUCUGGAACUUCUGAGUCCAGCAUUUGCUGUCUCUAAUAAUGCUAAGAUGAUUUUCAUAUUAAUAUGACAUAAACGUGUCUGGAAAAAUGGCAGAUGACUUGGAAAAAGCUCUUUAGGAGAAAUUUCUCAUCAAUUAAACACUGUUAUAGUGAUGUCUUGCUAAGAUGUCAUAGCAGAAGACUCCUGCUUAUUACUAAACUAUCCAAAAAUACAACACUAACAAAUGAAUUGGCACUGAAUAACAAACCCAAUCAGAUUCUAAAUCUAAACAUAUUUCAGGGUAGAGUUUUUCUUAAUGUUUUUUUUUUAUUAUUAUAAGGUUCUAGGAAAUUAACAUCACCAGUAUUUUAAUUUUCUUACAAAAAUACCCCCAACUAUGCAUUUAGUAGCCAUGUUUUCAAGCAUGGGGGCACAGUGGCUUAGUGGUUAGCACGUUCGCCUCACACCUCCAGGGUUGGGGGUUCAAUUCCUGCCUCCACCUUGUGUGUGUGGAGUUUGCAUGUUCUCCCCGUGCCUCGGGGGUUUCCUCCGGGUACUCCGGUUUCCUCCCCCGGUCCAAAGACAUGCAUGGUAGGUUGAUUGGCAUCUCUGGAAAAUUGUCCAUAGUGUGUGAUUGCGUGAGUGAAUGAGAGUGUGUGUGUGCCCUGUGAUGGGUUGGCACUCCGUCCAGGGUGUAUCCUGCCUUGAUGCCCGAUGACGCCUGAGAUAGGCACAGGCUCCCCGUGACCCGAGAAUAGUUCGGAUAAGCGGUAGAAGAUGAAUGAAUGAAUGUUUUCAAGCAUAUAUAUCUGCAGUGUGUUAAAAACAAACACCAAUAUUGUCUUCACAGUGCCGUAUUCCACCCAACACUGCCACCUUGUGCUGAUUUUGUUUUCAACAAGACACAACAUUUGAUCCCCAAAUUACCGCAAGUGUUCUUGCCAGCACAUGUUAAACCAUUAUCAAGCAGGACCAAAAAUGAUAUUGUGCUGAGAGAGAGCUUUGAUUAGCAAAUAAUUCAUUCUUUUCAUUUGCAGUUGUAUUUUUCCAUAAAAAUGUGUUAAUUGUUUACUGUACUAAAACAACUGAUUCAGUUAAUACAAUCUCUUGCAAAAAAGUAAGGCAAUGAGAAAUCCUCAAUGCCAAAUUAUACCUUUUUAUAAUUUAAAGUGCCUUGACGCAUCAGUGUUUACUGAUUUAUUUUAUAGGUAGAUGUUAUAGAAUUGUGUAAAAAAAUAUUUUUUUACGAAAAUGUUAAAUGAGUAUGAAGUAAUAAUUUGAAAUAAAAUCUAUGUUCCAAUAAA